UAAUGUUUAUAAGGCAGAAAACAACUUCCGGUACGCUUGAACGUGCACUGCAACUUGCGUGUGUAUUCAGUUGGAAAAGUUGUGCAGGGACACCACAUUCCAACUUGGUGACAAGUCGUGGACUCAACAUUCUGACCUAAUCUGUUAGGAACCUUAUCUCACUGGGCCCAAUAGAACUGGCUGGUUUGACCGUUGGCCAGCUUGACCACUGGUUCUGCUGUUAUAUCAAUGCUGACUUGCUGAAAACUGAUGCGGGAUAUAUCUACAUAGAGAUGUGUGUACAUAUAAAUCAGCCUGAUUUCCCUUGGUAAUCAUCUAGAAGUGUAUGGAUGUAAGUUGACCAUUCCUUGACCAAGUGACCCCUGGUCAGUAGGACAUUCUGGACCUUCACUGACAGGUUUACUCCCACACCAAACAUGUCUGCCACAACAGCACCAACAAAGGAGGAUGGGGAGGAUGAGCCUAGCUCUGUGGGCGAGUGGAGGACAAAAUGUCAGGCCUUGGAAAUGUCCCUCCACAAGUUUCGUGAACAGGUUUCUAAGAUUCGAGACAACCUCGGCAAAAAGAUGAAGGAUUUAGAAGAAAAGAAAACAGAUGCAGACAGUCGAGCUGAAACUGCAGAACAAAAACUUCGCUUGAUGGAGCAGCAACUUGCAGCCAUUCAUUGGCAGCCCCGUGACCUUGAGACCAGAGUGCACGACCUUCAAAGGGAAUGUCAUGAGAAAAAUAAAAUCAUCAAAUCUUUGCAAGAACAAUUAGAUGAACAGAAAAGGCAGCGACAACAAGAUGCAAAACAAGUUGAAAACAAAGCUGGAAAAAUCAAAGACUGGGUUACGAACAAAUUAUCUCAGCUGGAGCAACAGAACCAGGCCCUCCAGACUGAAAAUGAGAUGCUUCAGGACCAGGUGGAGAUCCUUAGGGAGCGACUACAGGCCCUUCCUGCCUUUGCAGCUAAAGAAAUCUACCGAAUGAGUGGUCAGGAUUCCUUCUCAAGACCAACCUCAUCAGUUGUUGAGGUGUCCCGACCCCAGUCACAGGACAUGGGGUCAAGGACAGCCUCUGAGAUGACCAAUCUUUCAGGUCUGCUCGGAUCAAGGCCAGUCUCUGAAGCAAGUUCAAGGCCAGCAUCUCACAACUUUGGCUCUCGUCCAAUGUCCGAAGUUGUGGGGAUCAUCCGUCCAUUUUCAGGUACAGGGUGGUCAGAAACUGUCUCAGAGGUUGUGAACUUACAACCUUUUACCCGUACAUACAGUUCGAGACCCACCUUAGAAUUUGGAAGUUCACAACCUGGAUCAGGGUAUAGUUCGCGAUCUGCAUCCCCUGGUGUUCUACCUCCGGAAAUUCCUAGACGACCUUCACCUUCUAUACUGGAAGCUUUCAAAAUGGAACAAGAACUUAUGGAGGACAGGACUGAUGCUAGUAUCAGUCCGCCUUCUGACACUCCUGAUAGUAGUCCAGAUGGUUUAACAGAAAAUCUCUCCGAUAAUAACAGUGACGAUAGUAUGGCCGACAUAGAACAUGAUCCUCUGUACCAGGAGGUGGAUCAGAAUCACGAAAGUACAUACGAACCUAAAAAAUCUCUACCUCCACAGAUCAAAAUAGAACGAAAGCAAUUCCAUGAUCCACAUAUCUUUGAUUCUUUGGUGAGUUCUAGUACAGGAAGUGAGGAAGUGUUGUCUCGUCUCAGGAAUCUACAAAACGGUGAUAUAAACAGGGGGGAUGAUGACACCCUGCGUCUGGAGGAUGAGGAAGUGGAGGAGGAUAAGAUCAUUGUUGAGGAUGUGACACCUAUAACCUUGACUCCUAGCACUAUGAUGACCCCUUUGACCCCAUUAACUCCUCUCCUCCCCCAAGCCUCCCCCUCCAUGACUGGUGUGUUCGGUCACCAUCAUACCUCUAAUGUGUCAGCCAUUGCAACAUUCCCACGGGUGAGGAAGGAGCGUGAUAAACCACCACCGCUCCAACUUCUAGCCCCCAAGGAGGGACCACAGUUCUUUCUGGCUCAGGAAACAGAACGAGAGAGGGGACAUUUUGGUCUCCCUCCUCCAGUAUUAGAACCUCAGGUGAUUGGUGCUGCAAGGGACGUGUGUAAAAACAGGUCGUCACCAAUGACAACAAGACGGGCUGCUGUCCACACACACUGGGAAAAACGAAGCUAUGCAGUUCCUAAGAAGUCCCGUCAGCAGCCUCUGGACCAUCAGUUGACAGCUUCCCGGAGUCCAGGUCACGAGGUAUCAGCCUUAGACCAACUGUAUCAAGAUCUCAGUGUACCGGUGUUUGCCACACUUAAAGGGAAAGCAGCACAGAUUCGCAGCACACCAUUUACAGGGGAAUCAUCUUCUGAAUCCUCUGACAAUGAAGAGGGACCACUCCUGUCCGGGACCAUUGACCAAUCAGAUCUCAGUAAUUCAGCAGCUAGCCCAAUCACAGACAGAAACAUAUCUAAACAACAGCAAAGCAGCUCAGGGGCCACUAAGAGGGGUGUGUCCUGCCAUUCCGCAGCCUCAGAAACAUCAUGUGACUAUGCAGACCCUCCAGAUGAGACCUCAAGUAAAAGUGACUCGGAAAAUUCCGAGCCUGAACAGAAACUCCUCAAAUAUGCCACAGAAAAUCAAAAGCAUGAUACUCUAGAGAAGUUUGGUUACCUGUCCAAACUGGGAGGUAAAGUGAAGAUGUGGAAAAGACGAUGGUUUGUUUUGAGGAACGGAGAUCUCAUCUACUAUAAGUCACAGCAUGAUGUGUUACGUAAACCACAAGGAACUCUAAAACUUGAUGAACAGACCCGAAUCUCCCAUGUCAAGGGAGAACUCACUUUCGAAAUAACCAACUCCAAGAGGACGUACUACUUUACAGCAGACUCACAGGUUGAAACAGAGAAGUGGAUCAAAAUUUUACGAAAGUUUCUGAAACGCCAGGCAACCAGUUAUCUCCUCGACCACAUGGAAACUAAGGCAGUAGUACGGGGCUGGCUGACCAAGGUGAAACAUGGUGCCACACGGAAGUGUUGGUGUGUCCUCCUGGGACACUACUUCCUCUACUACAGGACGGCCAAGGACAAGACACCAAUCGGUCAGAUCAACCUACAGAGUGCCAAGAUAGAGGAUGUAGAUAACUCGGGGGACUCUGACGAGGAGUGUGAGGUCACCAUGACACCCAAGCAUGUGGUGGCCGUAUGGCCACCAAACCAGGGACCAACCUACCUUAUAGUGCCGAGUAAGCACGAAAAGGACUCGUGGCUGUACCACUUGACCGUGGCGGCAGGUGGGGGGAUGGGCAAUGUAGGCACGGAGUAUGAACAACUCAUAGCAAAAGUCAUCGAGGUUGAAGGCGACAACAAUUCUGUAUAUUGGAAACAUCCCAUGAUGCUUCAUUGUAAGGAACCAAUCACAAGGCCUCUUACAACUCUACCUUCAGAAGAUCUCCAACGUAAGGCAGCUGAAAUGUUCAAGUGGAUUGUGCAGUUUGUUUACUCCCAAAUAGAUACCUCUCAGCUGGACUUUCAUGUUGAACUGGCCCAGAGUAUACUUGAACUCUGUGUCCAUCACCCCCAGCUACAGAAUGAACUGUACUGUCAGCUCAUCAAACAGACCACACCCCACCCUGUACAACACAAAACUACCAUGCAGAAUUUACUCCUGUGUGGCAAGCAUUCCUGGUACCUGUGCCACGCAACACCUACCUCACCCACCAACUCUGUGGUGGACCUCUCCGACUCCAAACUUAACCCUGCUCAUCACGUCUUCCUGCAGGGCUGGCAGCUCCUCGCUAUGUGUGUCUCUCUCUUCCUCCCUAAACAGAGCAUCAUGUGGCAUCUAAAGGUCCACCUACAGCGAAACACAGACCAAAAGUCUGAAAUUGGGAAAUAUGCAAUAUUCUGUCAACGAGCAUUGGAACGGACUGUUGUGAAGGGUAUCCGGGAGGUGCGCCCCUCGCGUAUGGAGGUGAUGUCCAUCCUCCUCCGUCAUCCCUUCCAUCACUCUCAACCAAUCAGUAUACCUGUUCACUUCCUCCACAACACAUACCAGGUGGUGAGUUUUGAUGGGUCCACUACAGUCCAGGAGUUUCUGUUGACCCUAAGUAAGGCCAUCAGUGUACGGGACGUAUGCCAGUCAGGAUUCUCCCUGUGUACCGACGACCCUUGUAGCUCCGACAUAGAACACUGUCUCCAAUCCUCCAUUAAGAUCUGUGAUGUUAUAUCAAAAUGGGAACAAAGCCAUAGAGAAUAUCUCUCAGGGAAACAAGACAAUGGGCGAACCAUUCGACUUCUCUACAAAAACAGGUAUGUACAAUGUUUGAAGGUCAUUGUUCUGAUCCUGUUUAAUGACCUCAAGAUAGAGUUUGGAGACGUGAAGCUAUCAAAUGAGUCUAGUCAGGUGGGCGGGGCAGCCCCUCCCUACCAACCCAAUCUUGCCCAACAGCUGACUACAGUCCUUGACCGGUUCUACCCCCGAAAGUAUAGUCAUGCAACUGAGGAGGAACAAAGGUCAACUGUGUCCAAACUACUGGAGAGAUGGGUGUCGCUGAGAGGCCGAUCUCCCCAGGAUUGUGUCCGAGUCUAUCUCGCUGUGGUCAGAAAGUGGCCAUUCUGUGGUGCCAAACUUUUCUUCACAAAGGUAAAGACGUCCCCUACCCCUGAGGAUGAGGUCUGGCUGGCUGUCCAAGAGGAAGGCGUAUCUAUACUGGAGCAUUCCACCAUGCAACCUAUCAGUUCUUAUGACUUCCGCUCUGUGAUAACAUUCGGGGGCUGGAAGGACGACUUCAUGCUUGUGGUCACUCAACUCAUAGAGUCGGCACCUCACCAUUAUGAACACCGGACAGAAAAACUUUUAUUCUCCAUGCCAAAACACAAGGUGCUGGAGGCAACACUGUUAGUGGCCAGUUACAUCAACGUCCGUGUCCAACAUCCGUCUCAGGACAGCAGUGCAGAUCUAUGACCAAGAUGACAUUGUUGGCCUCCACCAGUACAAUCCAACAACUUUUCUGUGAAGACCUUUGACAUUUGACCAGUCAAAUCUGAUGUUUCUAAUCAACAUAUUGUUGAUGUUUGCCAUCAGCCAGAAUAUAGUUAAUUUGACCGUCCACAUGGUAAUUGUCCAUGACUUUUACCCUGGUAUCAGUUUUGACUCCCAAAGAACUGCUGAAUGUUAUUGAUGUUGCUAACAGUAGUAUGCCACAUGAACAAACACCACCAAUAUUCAAAUGUUGGCCUGGUAUAUGUGAAUAUAGGAGGAGACAUGUCGUAGGGAGCUGGUUGUGACAGGUACUACCAUCAGCUCCAUGUCUCAUCCUCUCCGAAGUGCUGCCCAUCACGAACAUUUGCCACCAGAAUUCAAAUCUAGCGGCUGUUUGUGUAACAAAGGGGCAGACCCAAGGAACUGAAGAAUUAUCGAUACACAUGCUACCGUCAGGCUACUGCAACAAUCGAUGAAGUGAAAUAUUUCUCUGCCAAAUCUCACACCACCAUAAUGGCAUCCUUAUACAAAGUCAAAGGUCCAACCCUCUCAGAAAGGCUGACUGGAUGUUAAAGGGUUCAAUUGAAUACUACUGCAGACUCAAAUUCACAUGUGAAAAUCCUUAAUUUAAAGAAGACAAAAAAGUGACAGAAUGUUUGUCGAAAUUAAUCAAGUCUUUCCAUUCCAUUCGUCACAGUGACACGUAAACUUGCUUUUUCCUCCUGUUUUCUUUCUUCAUGAGAUUUUGUAUGUUACUACGAUUUAUAGCGGUCCUACACUGCACCAUCUGUCCUUGUUACUUUCCACAGAUUGUGGAUUUGAGUUUAUUAUUCUUAAUUUGAUAUUUAUUUUGUUUUCUUACAAAAUCAUGAGUGUGAUAAUGAUGACGUCUACAUCAGCACCGUAACAUUGUAUGAAAUGUCCUCACAUAUGUUCCUGUGGUGUGGAAGCAACACCAUAUGUAUUUUGCAUAAUAUCCUUUUAUAUACAAAUAUUUUCUCAUUUAUUGUAAUUUUUAUUUGCUUUGUUUGAAUUUUUUUCUUUUCAUUUCAAAUCUGCAUAAUAAUUGAAGUAAACGGUUGGAGUUUCCACACUGUUAUUGUAAGUAUUUUUUGGGUGCAAUAUUGACAUAAGAAAUCAAAAUAUUACAUAGAGAAAAUAAUGUUUUCAUAAGGUUUUACCAUUACUUGAUAAUGAAUUUGUGAUAAGGAAUUUUAAAGAAAUGUAACCUUUGAUAAAAACAUCAGACCCGCAAGUGUUCCGUCUGCGAUAGCAUGGCUCCAAACUGUGCUCUGUCUUAUUGGCUGUUUCAGACACACAGUAUUCUGGUGGUAAUUCUAUUUUAGCUGCAGGUUAGUUAUGUCAUUUGAACACAAAAUAAAACAGGAAUUUCUUUUUACGAUUUGGAAUGUUCCUGACACUUCAGGGCAGAAGUUUUCGGUUGAUGAUUGUAUAUGUACAACCGUGAGUUGCUUGAGAGUGGUACUGUUAAUCUUUUACACCACUUAAACUCAGAAAUUCUCAUGAUUUAUUGAUUUAGAAAUACAUAUAUAUAAAUGUAUACAUAUAUGUUUUGUUUUUUCUGGUGAAUACUAGGGACAGAAUAUCAAAUAUACCGGGGUAUUUUAGGCGAUUUGUAAUAGGCCACUUUUGUUUUACUUCACAUCGUACAUCAAUAUGUGUCCCAACCUUACAAGAUGAAUAAAUUUAUGAAUUUGAAAAAACUAAUAUCCAAAGUCUGGUAAAAUGUAAAAAAACAAACUAACAAGGCUCAAUUGAUAUGAAGUUUUGAAACACUCACCAGAAAACCUAUUAGGCUUGUAUCAGACCUGUAUCUCAGGCGGAUGAUGGCUGCAGUUAUUCCAUCUAAUUUGGAAAGUUGUAGCAUUUGAAAGUUAAUUUGACAUACAGCUAUUUGUGGGAAGUGAUGAGUGCCCAUUUGUAUUCAAUUUUUUUUUUAAUUUUUUUUUUUUUUCAUGAAAUAAGUUAAGUUAGUGUUUUUCAUCUGUGAAUUAUUUUUUGAGAGAUAUGGGUUUUUUAAACCACUUUAAAGACUAGAUAAGAAAAAGCAAUGGUUUAUCAGGAUUGGAAAAUGGAAUUGUGCUCUGUUUGUAUAUCAUAUAAUUUAAAUUGAAAAUGUUCUUUAAUGUUUGUAAUGGUAGAGUUUUGUCUGUUUUAAGGAAGCCUGAAGAUACUAGACAGGCUGCGGUCCUUUUUUGAGUCAUCGUCAUCAUUUUGCGGUUAACACUACCCUAUUGGAUUCCAUUUGUGUGCUCACCAUCUUAUCAUAGGAGUACACUCAUCACCGAGGUCUUUUAAUUGUAAAGUAGUAUAAUCAGUUUAUUUCCACACUCCUUGAAAGAUUACUCGGCCAACGGCAGGAAAAACUUAUCAUAGCACAAACACCUAUAUUGUGUUCCGAUAUCUUCUUGAUGAUUCUUAAAUCAAACAAAAAUAAGAGAUUUUUAUUAAUGAAUGUGUUGACAGUUAUGAGAUUGAUUUUGUGUAUUGAUAUUAAAAUAUUUGCUGUAUAUUUUCAGUAAGUUGAAUCAGAGGGGUUUGAGGAGAAUAAAAAUAUAUUCUCAGUUAGAAAAUUACAUGUUUUGUCAAAGCCAGGAAGUACAGCCAGUGUGCGUGCAGAAUAAUACGCUGCAAAUGUAGUGCACAUGUGGAACUCAUAAUCGCACACGGACUGACAGCCUCAGAUCUGUAUCACCCACAUGCUUGAAAGUUUCCACAAUAACCGCCUCUUCUGCUGUAAUUUCAUUAUGUUGAGCCUUCAAUGAAAUCACACUUGCUUGCUCUCCAUGAAGUUAUAAGCAGGAUGAUAUUCUUUUCUUCAUCGUUAAUUCCCUCUCGGGGGAAUGGGGCAGGCUUGCCUGCCAUAGAAUCAGAUUAUGUAAAGUUUGCAAAUGAAAUUGGUUCUAAAUUGCCAUGUAUAAUAUUAAAGUUUAGAACAUUACUGAUAACAUGCGUAUGAAUAUCUAAUAGCAAAUAAAAUUAAUUUAUAAGGUUAUUCUGAUAAAUUAUAAAAUUUUACAUUUCCAAAUUUGGUUUCAGUUGUAGUUCAGUUAGGCAAACAAAUUUUUUAAAUCCUGUUGGAUUGGUCAAUGUCUUCCACCUAUUUUCUAUUUCUCUGUAGAUUCUGUAGAGACCGAUAUACUCUAUCAAUAGUUCUAUUUCUCUGUAGAUUCUGUAGAGACCGAACAUACUCUGUCAAUAGUUCAUGUUUCAGGGGAAACUCACUUCUUUAUCCCAUCUUUACCAUCUCGUCACCAUCUCACUUGUACCAGACUGUUAUCACCAAAAUCUUAUUAGCUUGUAACUUGGGAGAGUGAUAAUCUAUCAUCACCAAUUAAAUACAAUUAUAAUGGAUGUUUACUGCCAGUAUUUCUAGCAUUCUUUAAUAUUUCCUGGUACAUAUAAAAGAUCUCUCAAAUUGAGGAUAUUCGUUUAUACACUAAGAAAAUGAGCAGGCUGGAUAAAUUAAGUUUUGAUUAUACUGCAUGGAAAUAAUUAUAAACCACUAUCUUUUUCUUUCAAAACCCUGAUAUAAACCAUUUUUGUGUACCGGUUUUGUUACCUAGUGAUAAAUAAAUUAUGACAGAUAGUUUUGUUUUGAUAGAGUCUGAACUCACUUAUUUUCUGAAGCACCAUUUUGUAUCAUUCGUAAAUGUUAAACAGUAUUCAUUUAAUUUUGUUUGAUCUGAUGAAAGGUCAACCAUACUGUGUUUUCAUUGGAUGCUGCGCUUCAUAGUACAUUUGCAUGUAUUGCUAAAAGUGAAAUGACAAUUUGGGGAUAGAAGUACAGUGUAGACUGACUUCCUUCCUCCGCCCUACUUAAUGUAAUAUGUCACUAUAUUGUUCCCAUCACAAUCCAAUCUUGGCCUGCAGUAUAUACCCCCCCACCCCACAGUCGUGGGCAGAAAUGUCACUGGCAUGGCCAAUCUGUCUCUGAUAUUCACCAAGACUGGGUAUCUUGGACCUCUGUUCCACAGGGAAUAUAAUUUGAUUAGAUUUAAAAGGCUUUUCUGACAUACUAGAAAGUUAAUUAAGAAUAUAUUUAGAUAUUAUUGAUAAAACCAUUAUUGGGAUGGAUUUUAAUGACCUUUGGUAGCUUUCUUAUCUUUGAUGUUUGAUAUGUAUAAUCUUGAGACAUCUUAAGGAAUUAAUUAAUAGUUUGAACUGCACUCCUGUAAGAAAAGUUAUCCUGUUUUGGCAAGAUUAUCAGAUUACUGAAAUGAAAUAUACUUAUUGGGUGUCUUGAUAGGCCGUUGAUAUGUUCAACAAAGAGAUAUUGAUAUACGUUACUAGUAUAUAUCAUUCUGUAAUGCUCCCUGAUGGCCAUAAGCUGUAGCUAUUGAAAUAUUUACAAGCUGACUUUUAUCUUCUGAAGACAAUUCUGCAACUCUAAGGACCCACAUGUAGCAGCUGAAACUAAGUUUAAGGACCGAUACCAUUAUUGGUAAUAUCUUAUUCCAGUUUCAACUCCAAAUACAUUGGUGUAUAUUAACUGUCAUCCAUAAGGAGUUGAUACGUUGGGAGACCUUGUAUACUUCAAACUGUCUGACUGUGUAUAUGUAUGUGUUUACAAGGAACGGCUUCAUAUCACUUUCUGUUGUCAGCAUCGAUCAGCCAUUGGAAACAGAGCUCAAUAUGUGUGUACUCCAUGUGACUCGUGUCUGCUGUGAUACUGCCCAGAGGUUGUUAGGGUCGAAAUGACACGUCAAAUGCCGAUCAUCUCCAACACUCCUAUAAAUACUAAUCAUCUUAGACAUUCUAAUUUAACAUUCAUCUUGUUUCAAAAUCAAUAGCGACACCUUUGUUUAUUUUUAAAGAUGCAAAAAGUUGGCUUUUCUUUUUAAAAUUGAUCGGACACAGAUUAUGUAAUCUUCAACAGGAGCGAGCAUUAAAUGUUCUUCCUUCAAAAUAGGAGAACUUUUUAUAUUUUUUGUUAUUUUUAUUAUUCUUGAAGUUAAAACUAGUACCACUUAAACUACAUAGUUGAAGCCUAUCAUAGAUCUAGUAGGCUAUUCUUUAGUGCCUGAAAACAUACAUUUGUAACAGCUCCAAACCUGUACAGAUAAAGAGACAGCCAUUCUAUGAAAACCUGAGAAUUAUCAAUCUAAGUUAGCUAAAUAUGACAAAAAGUGACGCCAAUUCUCACAAACAUUUUGGUAACUCGAUAUAAAGUGUGAUUUUCCCUGUUGUCAUCCUGUACUUUAGAAAGAGGAAUGUUACAAUACACUUAAGGCUCCCUGUAGAUAGAGUGGAUUUCAUUAAUUAUUCCUUCGAUUUAAAAAAAAAUGCCUUAGUUAUCGACUGUUUUGCCAUUCCAUAGCCAUGCAAAUAUCGGAAUUUGAAUCGUUUCACUGCAAUCAGUUUUUCCCCCAGGAUCUAUUGCUCCCAGUAGAAAUGGGAAAUAAAGAGGCUGUACAACUCAAGGGAAUGCACAGACAUUUCCUCUUGAUUGGGUAAAACUUCUGUGGGGGUGAUACCGAUAAUUCACUUCUAGAUUUCUCAGAAACAUAAAAUGAAGCCGCAUCUUGAUUGGAAGCCUGCAUGCUACUGAAGACAUCACUGACUGCUCAGUUUUCAGAUAGACAACAACUCGGUGACAGAUUUAUGCCCCCUGUGAGGGUCCUCAGUGACAGAUUUAUGCCCCCCCCCCCCUGUGAGGGUCCUUGUUGACAGAUUCAUGCCCCCCUGUGAGGGUCCUUGUUGACAGAUUCAUGCCUCCCUGUGAGGGUCCUUGUUGACAGAUUCAUGCCCCCCUGUGAGGGUCCUUCAGGUGACAGAUUCAUGCCCCCCUGUGAGGGUCCUUCAGGUGACAGAUUCAUGCCCCCCUGUGAGGGUCCUCUGUGACAUAUUUAUGCCCCCCUGUGAGGGUCCUCAGUGACAGAUUUAUGCACCCCUGUGAGGGUCCUCGGUGACAGAUUUAUGCCCCCCUGUGAGGGUCCUAGGUGACAGAUUAUGCCCCCCCCCCCCCUGUGAGGGUCCUCAGUGACAGAUUUAUGCCCCCCUGUGAGGGUCCUCGGGGACAGAUUUAUGCCCCCCUGUGAGGGUCCUCGGGGACAGAUUUAUGCCCCCCUGUGAGGGUCAUUAGGUCAUACUUGGUAUGGUGAUUAUAAAAUAUUCCACAGAGAAAAUAUUAUUGGGAUUGCAUGUCUGACAUAUAAGUAUACUGCUCUCUCCUGAUGAUUUAAUACAGUGUUAUGACCUUUGAAUGAGAUUCCGACCCACGGUGAAAUUACCUUGGGAUGAGAGUCCGACCAACGGUGAAAUGACCUUGGGAUUAGAUGUCCGACCCACGGUGAAAUGACCUUGGGAUGAGAUGUUCAACCCUUUUGGGCGACCUUCUGGAUCCUGACAAUCAGAAAUUAUUUUUGUCCAUUCUUAUGAAUUAAUUUUCAAGAGUAAUUUUUAAUUUAAAAUAAACUCUGGUAGCCUGGGAUAUUAUAACAUCACUCAUUGUGUAAUGGGUGUAUAUUUAUAAUUUUUCUUUAAUGUUUUGCAAUAUUUUGUUGUUAGCAGAAACAUAACCUAUACAGAGAGGAGGUUUUGUAACAUCAUUAUCAGUAGUGGAUUGAUAAACAUAACCUAUACAGAGAGGAGGUUUUGUAACAUCAUUAUCAGUAGUGGAUUGAUAAACAUAACCUGUACAGAGAGGAGGUUUUGUAACAUCAUUAUCAGUAGUGGAUUGAUAAACAUAACCUAUACAGAGAGGAGGUUUUGUAACAUCAUUAUCAGUAGUGGAUUGAUAUGUGUCCUCAAAUUGACAUUUACAAAAUAUCAUAAUACAUCUACCUGGUUAUUAUGUAUACAAAGAAUUAGCUAUUUUUAUGAAUUUUGACAGGUUGUCUACAUAUCUGAUAAGGAUUAGCGACUUUGUACAUUUAGUAAUCAAACGUUUCUCUCUGUAAUUAAUUUGUUUCUUUUAUUUGAAAUAUCAUGGAAAAUUUUGGAUAUCUUUUCAAAUCUAAGUAAAAUUGAAGAACUGUCUAGUCAUUCUGGUGUGAAACCCUGACUCGGUGCUCAAUCAUUUAAACAGUAGUUCUUUGUUCUAUAUUGAUUUCCACUUUCAGUUUGAAUUCAUUAGUGGAUUAAAUGUUUUAUUUCUGUAUUUGACAGACACUUGUAAAUCUGUUAUUGAGUGUGUAUGCUUCAUAGAUAUAUUUAUUUUUAAUAAUAUUACAUUAGACACAAAGUAGGUGUCAUCAUGAGCCAUCACUGCUAUUCGCAUGCAUAAUUUACUGUUUAUUAAUUAAUUUAUAUGUAUUUUGUUACAUUUUUGUCCUUUUUCUUGUUUUGUCGCAAUAUAUUUAAAUACUUUCAUGGAUGUAGACAUGAAUAUCUACAUUUUCUACAUUCUUCUUUUGACCAAUGGUAUUGGCAUGCUUUGUAAUAGGCUGUUUAACUGAUCAAUCAAAAUUGAUACAGAACUCUUUAACAUGAGAUUAAGUGGUGACCUUGACAUUGGCCGGUGUGUAACCUUGUUAUUGGCAAGGGUGGCCUUGAUAUUGGUCACUGUGACCUUGACAUUGAUCAUGCUGACAAAUCAGACUGAGAAAUACUUUCCUGAAUAUUACACAUUUCCUCGUUUUUUAUGGUCUCUAACAUCUCCUUCCAAUACACCAUUACUCAUUCACUGUUGUAUUGAAUAUGGAUGACAACUUAUUUUUGCCUUAUCUCAAUUAAAAUGUAGUGAAAAUGAAUUUCUUUGCUGAAAGAAUGCUGUCAUUUUAAAAACUACUGUGGUAUGAAAAUGAUGCUUUAUUGUAUUGAAUUUAAAUUUAAUGAUUUUUUUAUUUUACAGUUAUUGGAAACACAUUUUAUGAACUUACAUAUAUCACUUUCAUUUCUUUGAUUCUAUUCUUGAGUUAUUUUACAUGUUUAAUUAUGACUAAGAGAUCAUUCUUUUCACAAUGAAUGAUUACCUGGGAAAAUAUUUAAGAGUGAUAGAAAUGGUUAUAUCCUUCACGAGUUUAUUAAUCAAUUACAGAUCACAGAGCUAGCUGUACCAGAACCAUCCAGAGUCUGUAUAUAAGCACAGCCAGUAUUGGAUAUUACAUUGUGUUAAAUUGUUAUCAAUCAAGCUCUAGCCCAUUAGCCUCACAACUUAACACGGCAAGCAAUUAGCUACAUAUUGAUUCAAACACUGCAAUAAAAAGAAAUUUCAUCCUUCCUUUAAUCUCAUUAUUUUUUUUCUCUAAUUAAACGAAAUUGUGUGAUGGCUGUGUAAUCCUCAUUAAAGAGACUAGAGUAAGAUGGCUGAGUGUUAAUGUGCCAGACAGGUACUGGAUAUACCUGGAAUAUACUCUCUUCUGUAUCUUAGUGUAGAUAUCCCAAGGUCUUCAUUCUUCAUUCUUCUUUAAUGUUUAUAUGAUUCUAAUGAUGUUCAUCUUUUGUGUGCUAGUUAAGGAAAGCUACACACAUUUGAUUUUUGUUGUUGUUGGGUACAUAUCGUCAAUGGUUACGAGUCCUUAGGGACGAGGCGAGGUACCUGUGGAGGGACACAAACCAAUCUCAGUUUGAUGACUGAAGCAUACAGAUCUGAUAAUGGUCACCAGUUAUAAAACAAUUUGUUUUUGUUGAUUUUUAAAGAGGAAAAAAGUGUUGUGAUCAUGAAAACAAAUAAAAAAUGGAUACAGAUA